ACUCUAAAAUCUCUCCCUUUUUCUCUUCGACGGCUCCGUUAAACACAACAGUGCUCAGAGUCUCGGACGAACCGAAUCGCCGAGCAAUCCUUCUCUCACCUCUCACUCUCUACCCUCGUCUCGCCGUUCGCUCGCAUCUCGCACUUCCCAACUGGUUUACAUUAAAGAUGGAUGAUAGCUUGUAUGAUGAGUUUGGUAACUACAUUGGACCUGAGAUCGAGUCCGACAGAGAGAGUGAUGACGAAAUAGAAGACGAGGAGUUCCAGGAUAAGCAGCCUGAAGAGGAUGGAUCAGAUGGAGAGCGUGGGCCUGGGGGUUCUAACGGAUGGAUCACCACGAUCAAUGACGUGGAGAUGGAUAACCAGAUUGUUCUCCCUGAGGAUAAGAAGUACUAUCCUACCGCGGAGGAAGUCUACGGGGAGGACGUUGAGACGUUAGUCAUGGAUGAGGAUGAGCAGCCUCUCGAGAUGCCGAUUAUCAAACCUGUCAGAGAUGUCAGAUUCGAGGUUGGGGUGAAGGAUUCCACGACUUACGUGUCAACGCAGUUUCUCGUCGGCCUCAUGUCUAAUCCAGCGCUUAUGAGGAAUGUUGCUCUUGUGGGUCAUAUACAGCAUGGGAAAACUGUCUUCAUGGAUAUGUUGGUAGAGCAGACGCACCAUAUGUCUACUUUUAAUGCUAAGAACGAGAAGCACAUGAAGUAUACAGAUACAAGAGUUGAUGAGCAGGAGAGGAACAUUUCGAUCAAGGCGGUUCCGAUGUCGCUUGUCCUUGAGGACAGCAGGUCUAAAUCAUAUCUGUGCAAUGUCAUAGAUACUCCGGGUCAUGUGAAUUUCUCUGAUGAAAUGACUGCUUCUCUAAGACUCUCUGAUGGUGCUGUUCUAAUUGUUGACGCUGCUGAAGGAGUGAUGGUGAACACUGAGAGGGCUAUAAGACAUGCAAUCCAGGACCAUCUUCCUAUUGUUGUUGUGAUCAACAAGGUUGACAGGCUUAUUACCGAGCUCAAACUACCUCCAAGGGAUGCUUAUUACAAGCUGAGGCAUACAAUUGAAGUCAUUAAUAACCACAUAUCUGCUGCUUCGACGACUGCUGGAAACUUGCCCCUUAUAGACCCUGCAGCUGGAAACGUGUGCUUUGCCAGUGGUACUGCCGGAUGGUCCUUCACUCUGCAGUCUUUUGCUAAACUGUAUUCGAAGCUUCAUGGGGUGGACAUGGACGUGGAUAAGUUUGCAUCUAAGCUUUGGGGAGAUGUGUAUUAUCACCCUGAUACUCGGGCGUUCAAGAGAAGUCCUCCAGUAGGUGGUGGGGAAAGAGCAUUUGUUCAGUUUAUUCUAGAGCCUCUAUACAAGAUAUACAGUCAAGUGAUAGGUGAGCAUAAGAAGAGUGUAGAGACCACCCUUGCAGAACUGGGAGUGACCCUGAGUAAUAGUGCAUAUAAGCUGAACGUCAGACCUCUACUUAGGUUAGCCUGUAGCUCAGUCUUUGGUUCGUCAUCAGGCUUCACUGAUAUGUUGGUAAAGCACAUUCCUUCUCCCAAAGAGGCUGCAGCUAGGAAAGUGGACCACGCAUACACUGGACCCAAAGAUUCUGCCAUUUAUGAAGCAAUGGUAGAAUGUGAUCCGUCUGGACCUCUCAUGGUUAAUGUGACAAAGCUAUACCCCAAAUCAGAUACUAGUGUGUUUGAUGUAUUCGGAAGAGUUUACAGCGGUACACUUCAAACAGGGCAAAGCGUACGUGUACUUGGAGAAGGGUAUUCACCUGAAGAUGAAGAGGACAUGACUAUCAAAGAGGUGACCAAGCUGUGGAUAUACCAAGCGAGGUAUAGGAUUCCUGUAAGCAGUGCCCCUCCCGGUUCAUGGGUUCUGAUUGAAGGCGUGGAUGCGUCUAUCAUGAAGACGGCGACGCUCUGCAAUGAGAACUACGAUGAAGACGUCUUCAUAUUCCGGGCUCUCCAGUUUAAUACUCUUCCAGUUGUCAAGACUGCUACUGAGCCUUUGAAUCCUAGUGAGCUACCUAAAAUGGUGGAAGGGCUUAGGAAGAUUAGCAAAAGCUAUCCCCUUGCGAUUACCAAAGUUGAGGAGUCUGGUGAACAUACUAUUCUAGGCACAGGGGAGCUGUACCUGGAUUCUAUCAUGAAGGACCUCAGGGAGCUCUAUUCAGAGGUCGAAGUAAAGGUCGCAGAUCCGGUUGUUUCCUUUUGUGAGACAGUGGUUGAAUCUUCGUCGAUGAAGUGUUUUGCUGAGACACCGAACAAAAAGAACAAAAUAACUAUGAUCGCAGAGCCAUUGGAUAGAGGACUUGCAGAGGACAUUGAGAAUGGUGUCGUAAGCAUUGACUGGAACAGAAAACAACUCGGGGACUUCUUCAAGACGAAAUAUGACUGGGAUUUACUUGCAGCACGUUCCAUUUGGGCGUUUGGCCCUGACAAACAG